UUGCAAACGGUACACACCCAGGUGUAGUUUCCGCCAAAACUUCUCAAAAGGCACGCAAGUUUUCCCAACGCUGGUAAUUUGGCCUCUACUUGAACUCACACUGCUCAGGUGUGCACCACCGACUACUUUACUUCACCUGGAUACUUGAGUUGCUGUGUGGGUACCACAGUUUGACGUCUGACACAAGGCCCGACUCUCAACAUGGCGGACGACAAAGAGAAAGACAAGGAGGAGCCUCCACCCCAUGGCCGGCCUUCCGAUAUUGUGUACAGUAUAGAGGAGGUACCGCCCUGGUACAUGUGCAUCUUCUUGGGAUUUCAGCACUACCUGACGAUGUUCGGUGCCACGGUGUCACUCCCCCUCAUCCUGUCAGGCCCCCUCUGUGUGGGGAACAACAGCCUGGCUACGAGCGAACUCAUCCAGACAACCUUCUUUGUGUCCGGCAUAUGUACUCUGCUGCAGACCACAUUUGGAGUCAGGCUUCCCAUCGUGCAAGGUGCCACCUUUACGUUCCUGACCCCAACAUUCGCCAUCCUCAGUCUGCCUGGGUUCGCCUGCCCCAAGGUUCUGGGCUCUGUCGACAAUACCAGCCUGAUCACGAUCCAGGUAGAUGAGAACACAACAGCUAAUGUGGACAUCAAUGAGCACUGGAGGAUCCGGAUCAGGGAGAUUCAAGGUGCCAUCAUGGUGUCCUCCAUUUUCCAAGUCGUCAUCGGUUUCAGUGGACUGAUGGGAUUGAUGCUACGGUUCAUAGGCCCCCUGGCGAUCGCUCCGACAAUUGCACUUGUGGGGCUGUCUCUGUUUGAGGAAGCCUCAUCCCAGGCAGGGAAACACUGGGGCAUCGCCUUCAUGACCAUCGCCCUGAUCGCCAUCUUCUCCCAGUACCUCCGGAAUGUGAACUUCCCCGGAGCGAAGUGGAGCAGGGACGAGGGCUGUCACGUGGCGUGGUUCCCUCUCUUCAAGCUUUUCCCGGUCAUCCUCGGGAUGUGCGUGUCCUGGGGGUUCUGUGGCAUCUUGACGGCAGCGAACGUGUUCCCCACCGACCCGAACGACCCUCAGCACAGUGCCCGGACAGACAACACUGCAGUACUGUAUCAAGCCGCCUGGUUCCGCUUCCCCUAUCCAGGCCAAUGGGGCAGGCCUACAAUAAGUAUAGCCGGAGUAUUCGGCAUGUUGUCCGGCGUGCUUGCCUCCAUGGUUGAGUCCGUGGGAGACUACUACGCCUGUGCGCGCCUGUCCGGAGCACCGCCCCCUCCCGUGCACGCCAUCAACAGGGGGAUCGGGAUUGAAGGGAUAGGCUGUAUCCUGGCCGGCGCCUGGGGGUCGGGGAGCGGGACCACAUCCUACAGUGAAAACAUCGGAGCCAUUGGAAUCACAAAGGUUGGCAGCAGACGUGUGGUCCAGGUGGGCGCCCUGAUGAUGCUGGUGCUCGCCAUGUUCGGCAAGUUCGGCGCGCUGUUCACCACCAUCCCGGAGCCCAUCAUCGGCGGCAUGUUCUGUGUCAUGUUCGGCAUGAUCGCCGCCGUGGGGAUCUCCAACCUGCAGUACGUGGACAUGAACUCCUCCCGGAACCUCUUCAUCUUUGGGGUCUCCAUCUUCUUCGGGCUGCUGCUGCCACAGUGGAUGAAGGAACACCCAAAUAUCAUCAAAACAGGUAGCACAGAGGUCGAUCAGAUAUUCACCGUGCUGCUGAGUACCAGUAUGUUCGUUGGGGGCUUCGUGGGGUUCUUUUUGGACAACACUGUUCCAGGCACGGAUGAGGAACGUGGUAUCGCCCAAUGGAAGAAGCUGAACGCAGCGUCCUUGAACAUGAAAGGAUCCGACAAGAGGGCCAACAAAGUCAUGGAAUGUUACGACUUUCCAAUUGGCAUGGACUACAUCCGUUCGUGCAAUAUCGGCAGGUAUAUCCCUGUCUGCCCAACCUUCUGUCUCCCGCCGUUUGGGUCCGUUGGGGACGAGGAGGAACCAGAAGUGAUCGAAAACCCCGCCGCCUUUGGAAGGGAAGCGCGGGAGGCGCCUCCAGAAUUAGCGUCUCCAGAAGCUCAGGAGAUAACUGAACUGUAAUAAGCUGGCGCGAGAGAAGAUUCCAGGGGAGAGACUACUAGAUAAACUGUCCAUUUCAACACAUGAUAAAAUCCAUGAUUGAUGAUUAAUGGUUGUUGCUGCAGGUGUGUUGUAUUUGUGUUCUAUCCUUUCGCCUGGCUGUAUGUAUGAUUCAUGAAGAUUGUUUUACGCGAUGGAUGUCUGUAGGGCAUUGCUUUUAACAUUACUAUCAUUACAAGAAAGGUGAUCCUUGUGACGAUUGACCGAUUAUAGAUGUUUCUCAUUAAUUAUACAAAUGAGGUCCUCAUUUGCAGAAAAGAUAUCAGUUGAUCUCCUCUACCUAAAUAACAAUGUGUUCAAAGUAUGAAAGUCUGAGCAAAGAAAGAUAUUAUAGCAUCUUCUCAUAAAUUAUGUAAAUGAGACCCUAAGUUGCAUGACUUACGUCCGCAUGUUCAACUUAACGUACAUGUUGCU